ACUCAAAAUUUUUAGUUGUCGUCAGUUGAUUUUCAAAACAUAACCCAACACUCUCAAUGUUGUUCGAAGAUGUCAAUAUUCCGAGCGCUGAAUAGAAACUUCCCGUACCUCCGGCAGCAAUUCGCCGCUCUCCUCGGCAACACCAGCACAUCGGUGAAGUUCAUCUGCGGCGUUGUGCUCUUCAGCUACUGCCUAUCCUACUCACAGGAUGCAGUCGACGUGUUGUCGGUGACCCCCGGGUACCUGAUGCCUCCCAGCUUCUGGCUGUGGACGGCAUUCACCUUCUGCUUCCUCGAGCUGCACUUCUGGGAAGUGCUCGUCGACAUCGUCACUGUGGGUCUCUGCGGUAAGCUAAUCGAACCGCUAUGGGGUCAGCAGGAGAUGCUCACAUUCUUCGCUGUUGUCAAUCUUGGUGUCGCCGUCAUUGCCACCGCGUUUUACUUUGUUUUGUACAUGUGUACAUUUGACACGAAUCUACUCUUCACUGUACACAUACAUGGCCUGGCGGGUUACAUCGCUGGGGUAUCAGUAGCCGUGAAACAAAUAAUGCCAGACCUGGUGCUGGUGAAGACGCCGCUCGGGAAGUUGAGCAAUAGGAAUGUGCCGCUGAUCGUGUUCUUUCUCACGUUGAUCGUGUGGCUGGUAGGGUUACUGGAUGGCACAUAUCCAACAAUGUUCCUGAGUGGGCUGCUGGUGAGCUGGAUAUACCUGAGGUUUUAUCAGAGGCAUAGCAAUGGGAGUAAAGGUGACCUAGCCGAUUAUUUUACGUUUGCGAGCUUCUUCCCGAAUGUUAUCCAGCCACCGAUUGCUGUGGUGGGGAAUACAGUGCAUGGGGCGCUAGUCAAGGUCGGGAUUUGUCGCAGAGUCAUUCGGAGGUUUGAUAUCUCGAAUCCUACAGGGGUGACGAUCAGUGUGCCUGGUGUUGAUCAACAUGAUAUGGAACGGCGCAGGCAAAUAGCACUGAAAGCAUUAAGUGAGCGCUUAUCUAAAUCUCACCACCAAGACAAGCAUCCGCUGAUACCCAAAAAGACGACGCUCGCCAAGUCGGCGAAGCCACAAAUGCACAUGUCAGCGUCGACGUCGUCGCUACCCUCCACCAGUGGCGCGACAACUACUAGUUCAAUUCCGGCGGCGCAGCCAUCGCCCGCAACGCCGCAUCCGAACGUCUAACGCAAGCUUUACACAAAAUUUACGGAAACUAGUUUUAAAGAAACGUAAACUUAAGGCAACAAACGAAGCAAGAUGGCGGCGGAUGUAUGUAUAUGUAUAUUCGACUGGACCGGUGUCCCCACUAGCCGAUAAGUUUACCUGUAAUUACGCAUUGCGGAUCACGAGUAUUGUACGUGUACUGAUUGAGAUAAUAACAUUGUUAGAUUAUUUUUUAAGAAAUAUGAGAGAGAGAGCUAGAGAAGUUAUUCAUUGCGGACCACCCGUCAUUCAACCACACGGCAACGUUUUUGUAUGCAUGUUACGCACCUAGAAACGUAAGUAACGAUUGUGUUUUGUUCUUUCCACACGAAUGGCCGCCAUGUUUGUUACCGUGGUGAGUUUUGCAUUAUUUACAUUAUAAAACACUGUUGGUUA